AUGCAUGGCUCACCGCAACAACAACUGGAAAUUGAGAAGCUUCAGGAGCAGUUUAGAGUUUCUGAUGAGACAUUGGACAACAUCUUGCAUAGCUUUGAAGAUGAAAUAAAAGCGGGAUUGGCAGCGCAAUCAGAAAAUGCACCGCAUCAAAACGAUCUCAAGAUGAUCCCAUCCUAUGUCACCGGCUAUCCUACCGGGAAUGAAAAGGGAACAUAUCUUGCAUUGGAAAUCAGUGGAGUAGAUAUUUACGUGUGUCAAGUCAAGCUCAAGGGGGAGGGUGGAAAGCUCGCCAUCAAUCAGUACCAAUACAAAAUUCCUGACCACUUGACAGCUGGAGAUGAUAUCUGCGUAUUGAUUGACUAUGUCGCAGAUUGUGUGGCAGAUUUUCAAAGGCGUAUUGGGUCUGGACAUCACACUGUGUAUUCAAUGGCUAUCAGUGUUGGCUUUGCUGUCCGACAGACAGGUUUGAACCGCGGAACUAUCCUUGCACUUGAACACGGCUUUGAAUUCCCGAAUGCUGUGGGGUGUGAUGCUGUCGAGCUAUUUCACAGUCGAUUCCAUGCAAAGGGUCUGGGCGUAAAGAUUGUUGCGAUUGCCAAUGAUGCUGUGUGUACACUUCUUGCACAUGCUUAUCAACAUCCCUCCACACGUAUCGGCAUAGUACACUGUGCAGGUACGAACUGUGCUUAUUACGACAAGGUAUCCAAUAUGGGAAAGUUCCUUUCUCAACAUCCACAAGAAUCCUCUAUCCAGCGGGAUAUGAUAAUCAAUACCGAGUGGUGUACAUUUCAUCUGAACACUUUGCCCAUGACAGAGUAUGAUCGCCUGCUUGAUAGAGAGUCGAAUAACCGAGGCAUCCAUAUAUUCGAAAAGAUGACUACUGGAAUGUAUCUCGGCGAGAUUGUGCGUCAAGUUCUUAUUAGCUUUGUGGAUCGACACGUUUUAUCGUUUGAUGUUUCAGAUGAAGACUGUCUGUUGCGUAUACCUUAUCAUUUCGACACGAGCUAUAUGUACGUGUGUGAGGCCGAUGAUAACUGGGAGACUCUUGAGGACACGCGGGUCGUGCUGGAGGAAAUGUGCAAAAUCGGAGAAACAACCUUGGCAGAUCGAGAAAUAGUAAAAAAAGUUUGCGAGUUUAUCGGUCAUCGUGCGGCUGCUCUUUUGGGAGCAGCAACAGCCAGUAUUGUCAAAUAUAUUGUUGAAUGUGGAGUUGGUGCUGGUAAAGAAGAAGGAUUUGCGAUAUCCAUUAGUGGAGAUGUCUACAAAGAUUAUCCGUCCUUUCAUCCACGCGUCUGUGAGACUUUAAAGGCAUUGAUUCCAGAUGAAGUGGCUUCCAGACUAUCUGUUGGUAUUGUCAAACAUUCACGAAUUGUAGGUGCAGCCAUUGUAGCCAUGAUGGCUGAGAAGAUGGACCAACAGCAUCAAGUCGAGAUUUGA